GGGGAGGAGAGCCGCGUCCCGGCGGCGGGAGGAGGGCUGCGGGCCGGGAGGAAGAGGAGGAGCGCAGCGGCCCGCCGCCCGCCGCAGGAAGCCGCCGGAGGAUGUACGGUAGCGGCCGGGAGUCGGCCCGCACGCCCUGACAGCCCGCGGUGGGCCGCGCUCCCCCGACCUGGCCGGCCCGGCCCCUCCGAGAGGAGUAAGCAUGUCCAAGAUGCCGGCCAAGAAGAAGAGCUGCUUCCAGAUCACCAGCGUGACCACGGCGCAGGUGGCCAGCAGCAUUACCGAGGACACGGAGAGCCUGGAUGACCCGGAUGAGUCCCGCACCGAGGAUGUGUCUUCUGAAAUCUUCGAUGUUUCCCGAGCCACCGACUAUGGCCCUGAGGAUGUCUGUGAGCGGAGCUCCUCUGAAGAAACUCUCAACAACGUGGGUGAGGCUGAAACUCCCAGCAGUGUCUCUCCCAACCUUCUCCUGGACGGGCAGCUGGCUGCAGCUGCUGGUGGGGGAGCUGCUGUGCCACCAGCAGUGGUCCCCAAUGGGGGGGCUGUGCCCAAGAGCUCUGCCCUGCCCCUGCCAGCUGCCGGCGUUGGAGGCAGUGGUGCUCAACCUGCCUUGCCCUCCUCGGGGCCCUCUGCACCUGGGACAAUGGCUCAGACAGUGGCUGCCGCAUGCAGCUCACGUUUCAGAGUGAUCAAGCUGGAUCACGGUACUGGGGAACCCUACAGGCGAGGACGAUGGACUUGUAUGGAGUAUUAUGACCGGGACUCUGAUGGCAGUGCUGUCCUGGGCAGGACUGGAGAUUGCAUUAGGCACAGCAGCACCUUUGAGCAGGCUGCUCAAGAGAGGGACAGUGGGCUCGGUGCCACAGGAGGUUCUGUCGUCGUCUCAGCUGUGCCAGCAUCGGCACAUGGCCCUGAUUCCAUUGCAGACAGUUCCCUUCCUGCUGUGUCACAGCUGCUCCAGACAGAGAAGAUGAACCAGGCCUCUCUACAGCAACCUAAUUUUGUCAUUGGGCAACAACAGCAGUCGCAACAACCCAUAGGUGGGGCCAUGCCUCAAAGUACUGCUCAGUCUAUGUUUUCUGGAGCUUCAGUAGCAAAUCAGCAGAUAAUGGUGCCACAGCAAUCACAGCCACAGGUAAAUGCGCAGAGCGUUGCACAGACUGGACCCAAUGGAAAAGGCAUAGCACCUCCAAAUGUAACGAUGGGCCAGCCAAGCAUUCCUGUGGCACAGCAGCAGGUGCAGCAAGCAAGCGUACCAGUGACUCAGCCUCAACAAUUUACUUAUUCUCAGUCCCAGAUUCCACCAGUGCACCUACUGCCAACACAACCUUCUGGUCAGUCUGAAUACAUGCAACACAUGACAAUUAUGCAGCCACAAGGAGCUAUUCAGCAGGCUCCUGCAGGCUCUGUUCCAAGUACUGCAGCCUCCAACCUGCCUGUGGGACAGGUGACUGGCCUGAGCCCUUCACCUGGGGGAGCACCGGUGAUGGGGGUGCCAGCGCAGCCAGCUGAAGCAGUUGCACAGGGAUCAGGAAUUAUGCAAAGUGGCCAGACACAAGCUGGUCAGACUGCUGUCCAGCAGCCAGGAGGUGUGGUGCAGCAAGGAAUUGGGCAUGCAGGGGUUGUGCAACAGAAAUCCGUGACUCAGCAUCAAAUGAGUGGAAGCAGUCAAGUGUCUGGCGUGCCUGGUGCUCCCCAUGCCGUGGUUUCUGGAGUUCAGAACGUGCCUGCAGUUGUGCCCGGUACAAGUGUGCCUAGUGUGUCUACCACUUCUGUUACUAUGCCAAAUGUCCCUGUUACUCUGGUUCAGUCACAGCUGCCUAGCCACACUUCUGUCAGCAGAAGUACCGGUGUUGUCCAGCAGCAACAGCACGUCGGGCACUCCUUGAUACAAGGUGCACCUAAUGUACCUACAAAUCUGUCACAGUCGAACCUCGGACAGUUUCAGGCUCCUGCUCAAUCUGUAGUAGGCCAGAUUGAUGAUACUAGAAGAAAAUCGGAACCCCUACCUCAGCCACCACUUUCUCUUACAGCUGAAAUUAAACCUCUCGUGAAGCCUCCCAUUCCAGACACUCUAGCAAAUCCUCUUCAGUUAUCCGCAAGUACUCCUAUGAACAGUCUUGCCAGCUCUGUGUUUGGCAUAUCUAUUCCUGUUGAUGGUGAUGAAGACAGCGCGUCUGGUGCAAGCGUUGUUGCCAUUGACAACAAAAUAGAACAGGCAAUGGAUUUGGUGAAAAGCCAUCUGAUGUACGCAGUAAGAGAAGAAGUGGAAGUUCUGAAGGAACAAAUAAAAGAAUUAGUUGAAAGAAACUCUUUACUUGAACGAGAGAACGCACUGUUGAAAUCUCUUUCAAACAACGAUCAGUUAUCCCAACUUUCAGCCCAACAGGCCAAUCCCAGUAGCACUUUGCAGGCGCAGGCGGUGACAGCGCAGCCUGCACAGCCAGCACAGCCUCCGCAGCAGCCGAAUGUCUCCUCAGCGUAAAGCUUUCCUGCCUCGUUUCAAAGCAGAAAACCUGAGAGCAGUCUGUCCUCGUGUGCCACUGAUGUUCUUUCCACUUUAUAUGAAAGCGAGUAGCCAUGCUUCUGUCGCGUGUUUGGCCUUCUCAGUAUUAGACAAUCAUCCCACAAGAGCUUUCCCUGCCCGAUGCGUGGCAAAGUGCGGUUGGGCUCCGUUCUGCCGUCGGGCGCAGGGAGGUGAUGGCGGAGCUGCUCUGCACGGCCGGGGUGCUGUGGCGUCCCGGCGGCUCCGCAGGGUUCCAACGCUGUCAUGAGAAGCAUCGAUUCGCCCCGAGAGCCACUGUCCUUUCCAUAUAAGUAACAUUUGCCUACAUUAGUUUCAUUUAUGUUGUUUUAUUUAUUACAGGGCUGCUAUUUUCAUAAUGUUCAUGAACAAUGUCACAGAACUUUUUUUAAUUUUUUGAUAAAUGUAUGUAUCGGUAAAACGAUAGAUGGGAUUGCGUUUAAUAGGUAAAAUGUUUAGGCAAUAAUUGAACAAAAGGAUCCUGGCAUAUUUCUAACACUAAUGGCAGUUCACCUUGGGUAUUUAUUUACGGUAGUGAAGAUCCAGCUGGAAUGUAAAUUUUGUAUAGAGUGUAAGUAUGAAGAGCAUAGUGCAUCUGUACAGGUAGUCACCAGUCCUUGUGAUAUAAUAAAUAAUGGAUGGGCUAUUUUGAUGAAGAAAACUUUGCUCAUUUCUGUUUCUACUUUCUGAUAGAGAGAAAUUGCCACGAUUCCUCCGCUUUUUGACAUUUCGUAUAAUUUUUUUUUUUUUUUUGGGUGGGAAUAAAAAGCUGUGAAAUUGUUCAACCUCCUUUGUAACCAAAGAAGCAAAGCUGUGUAAUUGUUUUUUUUUAUUUUAUAAUGCACAUUCUUUAUGUAUUUUUAUUUAGUGUUUCCUCAUUCACACCUUUCUUUGCUGUCUAGCAUGAUCUGCAUGACCUAUAAUCUUCGAACCACUUUCGUACCUCAUGUUUUUAUCCAGCACUCUUAUUGUAACGUGUAUCAGUCUGUGAACAACGUCAAAUAAAGAGAGAAGAGCCGCGUGGGGCCGCGUGCGCUGCGCUCGGGUGGUGGCGGUGAAGUGAGCCAUCUUUUGUUCAUUUAAAAUGGUGUUUUGAAUUUCGUAUGCAGGAAAUGUUUUGUUACAUUGCAGAUUUUAAUGUAUUUAAUAAAUGCAACAUGCAGAUUA